AUGGCAGCUAAUAAAGGGAACUCUCCUUUGCAAAAUGUACUCGAAGAACAGCUGUUACAACAGAUUGAUAAGCUGCAACUCACGGCUCGCCUGUUGGCCUUUCGAGCUUGCAAAUCCGAAGAGGCGAACCGGAAGUCGGAAGCCAAUUUGAAGAAAGUGCAGCAAACGAAGAACCAGUUAAAACAACAAUCCACCGAAUUGGUGGACGAUAUGGAACACGUGAUCUUGUCCAUUGUCACCUCAUUGAAAGCAUUUCAAGCGGAAGCGCGAGCCACUUUAUUCAGUUUGCAAACACAACUUCAAAACUCUGAGAAACAAUUGCAAGAUUCCAAUGAAACCAUUAAACAGUUAACCGAGAAAGUGGAACUCUUGGAAUCCACGGUGGCUGAAAAUAAGCGCUUGUUUGAAGUCAACUUACAAGCCAUUCAUAUAACCUAUGUGAAUAUACUGGAAAAUGUAUUUGAGAAGCUUCAAGAAUACAUGCUCAAAGAUCUGUCCGCGCUGGAGCAAAAGAAUGAGGAUUUGCACAAUCGGUACACGACUGCAUUCAAGCAACUCGGUCUUCAGUGCACAUUUCAUGAUAUUUGA